CAUCCCGACCCCCCGACUGGAAGUUUGUUCUGAAAACAGCCAUAGUUGGCUCUUGUCUCGAACCUUACUUUACAGCUGCAAACGUCGGCCUUUCCGAGAACCUCUAAGAAUUCCCUCAACGAACUGCGCCUGAAGAUGACAGAAAAUAAACGCUUUAAGCUUUGGGGCCGCGGGACCAUUACCUGAGCUUUUGAGAGAAGCCCUAGUCGAAACCUAACAAUUUUAGCGAAAUCGACCCUGGACCUGCUUGCUCUGGCGCUCUAGCUGCUUUGGAGGCGAUAGCAUAGCUCAGGUUUCUGGGCGCCGGGCGCUAUGGCGUCGCUGUACAAGCCCUCGUCGCGGUCAGCACCGCCACCAUGCCAAUCGCGCUCUGGCUUAGCUGCCCGCCCCACAGCCCCACGGCUUGUUGUGAAGCGGCAGGUUCUGGUGACUGGUGGUACUUCCAGUGUCCAGCAACCUCCUCAGUCUCCUCUGCGUUUCAUUGGUGAAGCAACUGUGAUCCCGCCAGCCGGCCUGGGGUUUCCAGCGCGGGAAUGGCUCCCAUUGGUCAUUGUGCACAACAAGGAUGCCUGCCAGCAUGCACAGGAUGUUGUGUACACCCAAGCGACUGCCAAAGCCAUCAAGGAGGUGUACACAUCUCUGGGCUCCUUCACCAAUGGCACCCAGGAGAUGCCAUCACUGGGCAGGGGGGCUGGUGUGGUGCUGCAGGAGGUGGCAACCAAGGUAGACUCAGGAAGACAGCAGAUGCAAUUUUGAUAGCAGAUAAACUUGUAUAUUUCUGCUUGCUACUCAGUGUUGCUGCUUUCUGUGUGCUUGCCACCUGCAGUGCACCACAAAAACAGAGGAGGAAAAGCAGGCAGCUGCUGUCCUUGCCAAGGCUGCACUGGCUGCCAAUGCCAUUGAUGUCGGCAACAAGUUGCUGGGCCUAGAGGGGCACCGUGUUGUCAAGGCCUGUGCCAACCCCAUCUGUGAACGGAAUCCCAACACACUUUACGAGGUAGCCAAGAAGCACAAGGACAACCAGCCGGAGGGUGGUGACAUCAAGAAGAAGUGGCAGGGCCACCGCAAUGAGGUCAAGAGCCUGACCAACCUGUCCGCAAACAUCUACCACCUGCACCUUGUGGAUGAUGACAGCCAGGAGCUAACUUUCACGCUGGGACCUGGAGACACUGUCUACAUGCGUGGCGAUGUGCUAAAACUGCUGUACCACUGGGCAGAAGCCCAGGAGAGGGGCUGGACGGGCAGGCAACCCUGGGAGCUA